AUGCUUGUACUCCGUAUUUAUUUAUGCAUGGGGCAGUGCUCUGUCUGUUUCCUUCUCGAUUGUAUGUCCUUCAAUCCUUGGAUGGCUACCUGGCGAUCUGGCGUCCAUCCCUUCGCCUGCAAGCCUCAGUUUAUGGGUGUGGAGCUCACCACAGACGCUCAACUAGAAAUACCGGCUACCUACUGUGCGCUCCAUUAGCCCAUCUUGCUUACUGACACACAAACUUAAAGCCUUAAACCUGCGUACAAUUCUCUGUGCUCUUAAUCAGCUCCCUCUCUGAUUCUUCGGAGUAGACUCGACACUCACUACUCACUAGCAGGUGUUUCCCAUGAGGCUCCUGGGACACCAUUGCUCGUCUUCGCUGGCACUGGCUGUGUUGUGGUCUCUCCUGGUUGUCCUUGCGGGCAGCAGCUCGCUGGCACUCGGCUGCUUCACGCGCAUCUUCAGCUUCGGAGACUCGCUGACGGACACCGGCAACUACGUCCGCCUGACGGCGAACAACAGAAGUCCCUACGGUGCGCCGCCGUAUGGGAGGACGUUCUUCGGCCGCCCCACCGGCCGCGCAAGCGACGGCCGCCUUGUCAUCGACUUCAUCGCGGAGGAGUUUGGGCUGGCGAACGUGACGGCCAUCCAGGCGGGCUCGGCGCCCGAGGACUUCCAGCACGGCGCCAACUUCGCCAUCAUCUCGGCCACCGCGAACAACGGCUCCUUCUUCGCCGGCAACGGGAUGGACAUCACCCCCUUCUCGCUCGACACGCAGAUGCUCUGGUUCAGGGGCCACCUCCGCCAGCUCGCGCAGGCGCAGCAGAACGGCAGCGUCGACGCGCUGCUGGGCGGCGCGCUGGUGGCGCUGGGCGAGAUCGGCGGGAACGACUACAACUUCGCGUUCUCGCGGGGCGUGCCGCGGGAGAAGGUGCGCGCGUUCGUGCCGGCCGUGGUGGACAAGCUGGCGGGCGCGGUCGAGGAGCUGAUCGUGAUGGGGGCGCGGGUGUUCGUGGUGCCCGGGAACCUGCCCUUCGGGUGCGCCCCGCUGUACCUGCAGCGGUUCCGUGCCAACGGCUCGUGGUGGGACUACGACUCCAAGACGGGGUGCCUGGCGUGGUUCAACAGGUUCGCCGAGUACCACAACCGGGUGCUCACCGCGCGGCUCGACGGCCUCCGGCGGCGACACCCGGACGUCACCAUCGUCUACGCCGACUGGUACGGCGCCAUGAUGAGCAUCUUCCAGGCCCCCGGGAAGCUAGGGAUCACCAACGCUUUGCUAACCUGCUGCGGGAACCAGAAAGUGGAGUGCGGCAGGCCUGGCUGCCCCGUCUGCGACGACCCAUCGACGUACGGGUCGUGGGACGGGACGCACCCGACGGAGGCGGUGUACAAGGUGAUCGCCGACGGGGUGCUGCACGGGCCGUACGCGUCCCCUGUUCCUCUCGCCAAGACUUGCCCUCCCAGCUGAGGAAACCUCUGCCCGCUCUGCUGAUUCUUAAAAGAUCCAUUCUUUUAAAAGCUGUAGAAUAAUGAUAACAUCUUUAUCGUGUAUUUACUCCUAAGUACGGCAUAAGUAUAAGCUCGUCUCAGAAUAAUGGUAAGGUUCGCUUCAGAAGGAAAUAAAGAUAAGGCUUACACUUUACAGCUCCCAUGUAGAGAA